ACAAAAGCAAGAAACCCUUUGACCGGGCUCCUUCCUAUUGCACCAACAGCCUUGUGUUGCUGCAAUGAAAACACUUCCCAAACAGCUGUGGCCAAGAGACGCAGAAACUGCCUUGUCCACGGGCCCCACCUCAGACUCCAACACUCACCAAAGAGCAGAGGAGCCCCAAGUAUUGGGGACCACAGAAGAUGCCAUGUGCUCCAUGAUGCCUGCCCCGACCUGCCUGGCCUACUUGUCUCCCUGCUUCUUGCUGCUGGUACUGGUCUUUGUCCCCUCAGAUGCCUCUGGGCAGAGCAGCAGGAAUGACGGGCAGGUGUUACAGCCCGAGGGCCCCAUGCUGGUGGCAGAAGGCGAGACACUCCUACUGAGGUGUAUGGUGGUCAGCUCCUGUGCCGAUGGUAUAAAAUGGGUCAAGAUGAGCACGAAGGACCAACAAGAAAUUUAUAACUUUAAACAUGGCUCCUUCCCCGGGGUGAUGCCCAUGAUCCAACGGACAUCAGAACCACUGAAUUGCGAUUAUUCCAUCUAUAUCCACAAUGUCACCAAGGAGCAUACUGGAACCUACCACUGUGUGAGAUUUGAUGGUUUGAGUGAAUAUUCAGAAAUGAAAUCAGAUGAAGGCACCUCAGUGCUUGUGAAGGGAGCUGGGGACCCUGAACCAGACCUGUGGAUCAUCCAGCCCCAGGAAUUGGUGUUGGGGAUCACUGGAGACACGGUCUUUCUGAACUGCACAGUGCUUGGAGACGGUCCCCCCGGACCCAUCAGGUGGUUCCAGGGAGCUGGUCUGAGCCGGGAGGCCAUUUACAACUUUGGAGGCAUCUCCCACCCAAAGGCAACAGCGGUGCGGGCCUCCAACAAUGACUUCAGCAUUCUUCUGCAAAACGUGUCCAGUGAGGAUGCAGGCACCUAUUACUGUGUGAAGUUUCAGAGGAAACCCAACAGGCAAUACCUGUCUGGACAGGGCACCAGGCUCAAAGUGAAAGCAAAAUCUACCUCUUCCCAAGAGGCAGAAUUCACCAGUGAACAUGCAACUGAGAUGUCUCCAACAGGUAAGUGUACCCACCUCAGUGGAGUCGAUGAGUCCCCCACAGGCAAGGGGGCCAUGAAUGGCUUGGUCAUGGGAAGGGAGCAGUCCCAGACUCCUGAGGCUAAUCUGCCACCAAGAAAGCUCCCAGGACUUCAUCUCAACUUCGGAACUAGGACCGCAGAGAACCAUGUUAUAACAGCUCAGUUAUAAUGAACUUUCUCAUAGCCAGGGCCAUGUAACUGUUUAGUGGGAAAUUUUGCUUGAGAGGUGGUGAGCUCCCUGUGAAUCUGAGUGUAGGGCUGUGAGGCUAUGCACAGCAACACUGGAGAACAUGGCUUUGUAGCUAAACCUCCUGGAUGGAGCCCCUUCCUAAUAUGAUGGGCAGGUUCUUGCCCCUUGAAUCUGGUAUCUGACUCUAUGAACUAGGGAGGAGGGGACAAGAAUCAGAGAGCCUACUUCACGGGGUUGUGUGUGCACUCAAUGAGAUCACACAUGCCAAGUGUCCAGAAUUGUGCCUGGCAUAUCUCCUGUUAACAUUCGAGGGCUCUCAGUAUGUGGUGGGAGCUUGUGAUAGACGUGGUCAGAUUUGCCUUCCUGAUGCUCGGCCCUGCUCCUGCCAUUCAUGGGGACCAGACUGCCUGGGUCCCGUGACUUCUUUAACACGUGUGGCACUGAGAAAAUCAUUUCCCCACUCUGGGUCUAUCUCCUUAUCUAUAAAAAUUGGAUCACUAUCCUACACUGUAGGAUUACCUUGAGGAUUGCAUUAGGCAAUCAGGAAGAGCAGAGGUUAGGGAUGCGACUGAGAUGAUUACAGGUGCAGGUAGAAUAUUGGGCAACCAUUCUCUGGGCCCAGGGCAGAGGGAAGGGUGGUCUUUGAUCUCAUCUUUCAACGUAGAAAGGAUACAACUCCAGAGGUUAUACAGCAGCAGGAUGUGACCUUGCUCAUGGGCAGCACUGAGGUGUGGGCUGUGGGGCCCUCACCAUGGGUCCCGCCUGAGCUCUCUCCUGUGCCUACCAGGCCUCCUGGUUGUGUUUGCACCUGUGGUCCUGGGGCUGAAGGCAAUUACAUUGGCUGCACUCCUACUGGCUCUGGCUACCUCUCGGAGGAGCCCUGGGCAAGAAGAUGUCAAGACCACAGACCCAGCAGAAGCCAUGAACACCUUAGCAUGGAACAAGGAUCAAGAGUGAGGAGUCAGCCCAAGACUGGGGAUCCUCUGAGUUGGAGAGGAGCCAGGGCUCCUCAACCAUUUCCCUACCUCCAGUCCCAGCCUCCAGAUGCCCCCAGGCCUCAUGACAAAGUCCUAGAUCCCUACAUCUGGUUUUGGUCCACCUAGUGAAAUUCCCCUCUUUGCACCGGGCUUCCCUCUAAAGUGUCUCCCUUUCUCCUUUUGGCCUGUUCAAGACCUCCUUGCUUUUCAGUCUCUGGCUCAGUCUCUCCUCAACACCCUUGCCCCUGCUGAAGCCCUUUCUGGUGAGCCCUGCCCCUUUCCCCACCUCACCACAUCCUUCUUGGCCUCCAACAUCCAACUCAGAGUCUUCUUCCCAGGAGGUGUCCCUAAGCAUCUCUGAGCUCAACCAGCCAGACCAUCUGUGCUCCUCCAUCUACACCCUUCUCCCCACCCCUUCCUGCCUUCCUUCCAUCCCCCUCAUGGCUGGCUUGGGUGGGUGUAAUAUUAGAAUGCAGGUUCAGCAAAUAUAACAAAGCUCUUAAAUAACAGUUGCUUAAACCAGUGGAAAUCAACCAGAAAGUUGACCAUCAGCAGGCCAAGCAAUACAGAGACUCCCUGGUUUUGAGACCCAGGAUUCAUUGAUCUCGUUGCUACCAGGUCCACCUUCUAGGCAGCCAGACUGGAGAAGAAGGCAGGGAAGGGGAGCAGGACCCUCCCCUUUAAGGGCACAGUCAGGAACUUGGCCACCUCACUUACCUCUACUUGGCUGGAAUGGGGUCACAUGGUCACAACCUAGCUGCAAGAAAGGCUGGGAAAUGUAGUCUUUAUUUCCGGCAACAAUGCGCCCAGCUGCAAAUUUUCACUUGAGAAACCGGAUGGUAGAAAUCAGGAGAUAACCAGUUAUCUCCGCCACAGCGGCAUACAGGCAGCCUCUCACCUGCCCUGUGGUAUACCUGAGUUUAAUGCCCAGCUAGCUGGCCAGCACUUCUUCCCACCAUCACCUCCCCUAGGGCACCAUGAUGUGGAGCAGUAGUUCCCAAGAAGAGUGAUUUUGCCCCCAUGGGACUUUUGGCAAUGUCUAGCAACCUGGGGGGUGCUACCACCAUCUAGUGGACUGAGCAGCCCUGACAUGGGGAAGAGUGUGUAUGCCCAGGAGUCAGACACACCUGCCUUUAACCCUGAGGCCUCUGCCCCCUCCCUGUACGCCCUUAGUGACUAAUCAGAGUCUCUUCACAUCACAGAACAUCCAGGAUACUAAUGUGGACUUUUCUGCAUUGUGUAAGAACCAAUUCAAGGCCAGGCACAGUGGCUUAUGCCUGUAAUCCCAGCACUUUGGGAGGCCGAGACAGGUGGAUCACCUCAGUUCAGGAGUUUGAGACCAGCCUGGCCAACAUGGUGAAACUCC